GAAUCGUUCCUUCCUCAGCUCCAGGCUGUGACCACUAGAGGUCUUGUUCUUCCCUCCAUGAGCUGCUGUUCGUAAUGCCAGUGAGAGCCUUGCCUACUUUUUUAAGGCUAAGAAGACACAUUUUCUGCAGGUAACCCAAAAGCUUUUCAGGAAACAUUUUCUGUUGUUCUGCAUUUGCUGGUUAUUUGGUCUGGACCUCUCUUCUGAUGCCAAAGUAUUCACAGAAUUGAACUGACAGAACUGAACCAGCCCCUUGGAUAUGAUUGGCCUUGUAUUUGCAAGAACUGCAGUAGCUACACAUCAAUAACUUCUCCCACUGAACCCCACUGGAUGCUGGAUUUUCCCCUGGUCAGAAGUGGUUACAUUUUGUUUAACUGUUUGAGAAGAUUAGUUUCAACUGGAACAUUAAAAAGAUGGCUGAAGAAGAAAAACUAUCUCUAAAGAAAGCACUUCAGUUUGGUAUAAAGGGAUAUAUUCCAGCAGUAAAUCUAUGCAUCAGAAAUGAAAAUGCCCCCCAAAGUUAUUAUGCUUCUUGUUUAGACAACAUGCAAAUAAAGCAUAUCUGACUGGUCCAUCAUAAAAAAGCUGGAUCACUAAUGGAGAGCUGCUGCCAAACAAGAAACACCAGGAAAGCCAUAGACUCAACCUUACCUUUAAAUUAGUUAACCAUAAGUGUAACAGCCUAUUGCAGCUUUGUAAUACAAAGAUCAUGUUAGCUUCAGACACCAGGAUUUCUGCAUUCCCUGGCUACAAGAAAUCUUUCCGUAAAUUUUCUAUUUAAUUUCUUUAUCUGAGUGUUUGGUCUAAUCAGCAAUCAAAUUUGAACGAAGAUCCCUAAGGAGAGCACGUCAGUGAAAAGUAUACGGGAUAACAAAGAGCAGAAUGAUCAGCCCCAGGAUUAAAGUGUUAAUUCAAAUCUUGGGAACGAUCUUAACAUGCGGGUCAAAUGACAAAUGAAAUGGGUCGCAAGGAAACACGUUACUUACAGACUCUAAACUGUGAUUCAAUGGCCCAGCAAACCAUGAAAAUGCGCCCAGUGCUCCUGAAAAGGAACAGCCUAGACUCUGCAGACUUCCUGAGGCACCCCCAGCACCGCAGGACCAAAUCCCAGCAAGUGCGGUUCAAGGAUGAUGGGGUAAGCACCAAGGCAGAGCUGGAGGCUCAUCCUGCCCGAGACGUGGCUUUUCCAACUGGAAAACCAGAGAUCUUUAGGGAUCACGAUUUUUUGCUAACUCGCUCUCCAACUUUUCCAACAAGGGCUCAGAAGGGGCUUCGGAAUAUCGCCAUACAAACAUCUCCCAGCCUCAGGAAACACUGCCCGGUUUUUAAGAGGAAGAAGCUGACAGUAAGUAAAUCAUUAACAGAGAUGCCAACAGAGCCUGCACAUCCCAUCCAGCUAAAUGGCAGCCUCUGUGAACAGGACAUCAUGUCUGCAGAUCUCUGUUACCUGAGGAUAACAAACCAUGUGGAGGACGGAUGCAGGAACAGUGAGGGGGACGGGCAGUUGAGUCAAAGAGCACCAAAAGCACAAAGCAACGGGCCCAUCUACUCAGAUGAUUCCUCAGCGUCAGAGAAGACAACUGCGUCCACACAGGUGCCUGAAUACAUACACGUGAGCUUUCCACAGGACAGAAAUGUUUCCAUGGAUGCACCAGACACAGCCAUGGAUCCAAGUCAUUCCCUGCACUCCUCUACUGUCACCCACGGCACUGAAAGCAAUGAGAACAGCACACUGUCCUCUGAGCCUGAAAGAGCAGAGCCUUGCCUAAACAAUUCUGCCAACUGCAGGGAAUGUGAUCCCCAUCCUGCUGCUUGGGAAGUGGGGAAAAGUGAUUCUGUAGCCAGCAGAGAUGCCAGCAGCAAGGAAAGCGCUCCAUUGUCACCUCCAUCAAAUCACAGCUCAUCUCCCUGUUCCCUCAGAGACUGUCACCAGGCAGGAGAGCACAAACCAGAUUCCAGCUGUGUGACAUUACCAGGUGAUCACACACCCACGGCAGCGACCAGCAGUGACCCACCAAAACCUGCUCUGGCAUGUGAGCCUGAAAUCCAGAAGAAUUCCAGCCAGUCAGAUGCUGCCCAGUGUAACAGCUGUUCAGAAGGAUUUCACACCAAGUCUUCUCCGCCAAGGAAUGAAAUCAAACCGCAAACCAACCAAGAGAUUAGUGAAAUAAAUCAAAUUCACUUGGCACAUGGCGAACUCUGUGCCCUCCAAGGCAGGCUGCAGUCUGUAGAGGAAUCCUUGCAGUCCAACCAGGAGAAGAUUAAAGUCCUUUUGAAUGUAAUCCAAGACCUGGAAAAAUCCAGAGCACUGAGUGAAGGGCGUAACUUCUACCACACUGGGCAAGACCUGAACAACUGCAGCACCUGCCAGAACACCGCCUGCAUCAUCUACAGUGUAGAAUAUGACUUCAGACAACAAGAAGGAAGAUUUCACCAGAUUUUGAAAACACUGGAUGAUGCAGAGCAAGAUCCAGCUUCAGCUUCACCUCAGAAGCCACCACCUGAUCCUCCAGCUCCGGAGAAAAAGGAGUUAAGGAGGAAAACAAAAAAGAUGAAAAGAAAAUGCUUUUGGUGGAUUUGACUUCCUUAUGCCUCCUUUUAUAUUUCAAGACACCAGAACAGAAAGAGCUCAGGAGUAUAGGCCUGAAAUGUGCUAUUACAAAACCACAGAGGUAAAGAAUGUUUAAUUAGGGUAUCUGAAAAAUCAAAAUAGUUGAAUUUAGUUAAAUUAUCUCACCGAAUAAAGGUGCAUGAAGAUACUAUUUUCAAAAGAGAAAAUGUUUCUUUCAAAAGGAAGCUCUCUCAUUUUUUUCCAAGGACACUUUCAUAUGCUUUCUAAAGACAUUUUUUUUCAACUUUCCAAAAAUAGCAAGGUUCAAAUCUCUACUUUAAAAAAAAAACCACAUGGUAGAUGAAGGUAAGCAUGUCACACAGCCUUCGUUUCCUGUUUAUAAACAACUUGGACUGGAAGGGAAGAACUUCAUUGAUCUUUGAACAAACCACACCAUCAAGAACAAAUUCAGGGAAACCUAUGCUGCUCAUACAAGUCUCUCCUCAAAGGAGAUAAUCAUAAUUAUUCCACACCCCCACCGAAAUAUUUUUCUUGCUGUCAUUCAUCUAAUAUUGAACAACAACAGAAAAAGGAAUUUUGGUUUAAGUUUUACUCUGCCCUUUUAUUUGUUCAUUAUAAAAAGCCCCCAUUCAGAAGUUUCAGCCACUCAAGAGAUUUCUCUGGAGAGAACUGGGGAAUCACAAAACAAGAGAAGAUCGUGGUAACUCUGGUCUUAACCCCCUACUCAAGCAAGGUCAGAUUAAGUGAAUUUGAGUUUUGAGUCUCUGCAAAGACAAGAAGCCCAAACUCCUUGGGAGAGGCUGCUCCAGUUUUUAUUCCUAACCUCCAGCACUCUGAGCUGUGCCCAUCACAUCUCGCUCUGGCCAAAAGCACCCUCAGGAAGAACAGGAGGGAGAACAAGAUGGAUAACAAGACCUCUCUCCUGAGCCUUCACCUCUUAAAGACUGAACAAACCCAAUUUUCACUGCCUCUCCUCCCACGCUCCUGCUGCAGCCCACAGGCAGCUUGGCUCUCUGCCUCCAGUAAUUUGAUGUCUUUCCUCUACCUGGAAGCCUAAAACUGGACACGAUCCCUCAGAUGUCAUCACACAAUUGCUGGAUAAAGAGGAAUAACUAUUUUGGCUCCUGUCUUACUAAAGCACCUGCCCAGUCUGUCUAUUUAAGACUGUAUCACUAUAUUAAAAUAUCCCAAGCUGUGUUUUUUUUGGCCUUAAGGUGUAAGUCGAUACAUGAUACAAAAUGGGACAUAAAAAGAAUAUUUAAUGAACUUAUCCGUACUACACAAACAAUUAUAUAUGCUGAAAAGAUUUUAUCAAGUGUCAAUACAGUGACUUCUUGCCUCCAAAAAUAACGGAUUUACCAGUCAGCACAGGGAAUGCCAAUGGAACCUAAUUUAGGGCUGAUUAUACUAUUAUUUUACUCAUGAGAACGUGGUCACCUUUCAUAUGGGAGGCAAAGGGGAAAAGGUUUCCCAAAGCAAGUUUAGUGGAAUGUACUGCAGACCUUUUCUUAGUGACCCUGGUUCAGGGUAUUCCAUAGAUUAACCCCUGCAUCCUAUUUUUCUAAGUCAUACUGUAUUAAUUGUGCAAUGUUAAUUUAAAAUGUCUGUACAUUUUUUGUACACUUCUCUGUUCCUUGAAUACUUAGGGUUAAUUACACAUUUGAAAACACAUUAAAACCAAUUUUUC